CAGCAUAUCAACUGAAAGUACACAAAACCGGAUAUUGACCAAUUCAAUAUGUCGAACUUCUCUCGUCCUAUGCCGUCGCACCUGCGCGGCCAGUCGAUGGGCGCGUCGCAGCAGUCAACUUUCUUGCAGCAGAAAAUCGCCGACAAGAAGACCGAGCUUGCAAACCUCAAGGACUUGCAGGCGCUGAGUGGUGGUCUGGCAGACCAGAUGCAAAUGCUGGCUGAUAAGCUGCAAACACUCUCGGAUGGUACAGAAGCUGUUGCAGCAGUACUCUCGAACUGGCACAAUGUGCUUCGUGCUAUCAACAUGGCAUGUACUAUCAUGCCUAAACCCAAGAACGAGGAUGAGGCCGAGACGAAGCAAGAGACGGAACCACCUCUGCCACAAACCCUUGUGCGCAUCCCAACUCAGCAUGCGCCUGCGGUGAUAGAGCAAGCCAACGCUGGAGCAGCAGCCGCAGCAGAGUGAACCUUGGAAGUGGCCAUGAAUACAGUAUUGAAGUCAAGGAAGAUCACCAGCUGAGCUCGCUACGAAGGCGAACACCGUCUUGCUGAAGACGAAGUACCGCGUCUCGAUUCGCGGAGAAUUACGGCACAAGCAGAAGAUCGCAACUCGUAGCGCGACAUGCUUAUCAGGAAGAAACAUCGAUAUCUUAGAGUCAGUGCCAUACUGCACCAGAGAGGAAUUCGGUAGCUAAAUGGGGCGGUAUCAGAAACCAAGGAGUAUCGGUGAGCGUACAUUGGAUAGCAAG